AUGCCUAGUCGGCAUACGCGCGAGCCGGCCGACUUCGAGUUGGUGGUUCCGCUACUGGUGCACGCGGACGGCAGCUUCCGCUCGUUCCGGCUGGCGCAGUUCUACGAGCGGCCGGUGGGCGGCAGCACUGGCGCCGGCGCUGCCCGGCACCACAGGAGCCCUGACCCUGGCCCGGAGGAGGUACACGUGAGGGUGCCAUGGCGCGGCGCGGCGCUGCACGUGGAGCUGCAGCCGUCCGUGGGGCUGGCAUCGCCGGCGCUGGUGGUGGAGCGACGCCGCGGCCCCGUGCCGAAUGCUUCCCAGCUGCGGGCCGCGGGUCGCCGGCAGUGCCACUACACGGGGCGCGUGCGGGGAAUGGCCGGAUCCCGCGCCGCGCUCUCACUCUGCGACGGCCUGGACGGAGUAGUUCCUGCAGGGAGCAGGCCCGGUGCGGUGGCUGCUGCGGCGAGCGGCGGCCGGCCGCGCCUCCCAGAAGCGCGCAGAGCGCCGCGGCCUGCCCCCCGCCCCGUCCUUGCGGUGCGCGCCGCUGCCCACGCAGGCCGGCCGCGUCUGUCCGCGUUAUUAACGUCCCUGCCGCCGGCAGGCUACGUGCGCGCCGGCGACUUGCAGCUGCUGGUGCAGCCCGCGCGUGGCCACAGGACUCGUGUGGCGGGCGGCGGCCAGCUGCACGUCGUGUCGCGCAGGCAGCUCGACGCACACCAGCUGAGGCCGCGCCGGACGUGCGCCACCUCAGGUCAGGAACACUUCUCACAAAACGACUGGCGGGCGGCGUGGGCGGAGCGGCUGCGGUGGCAGUCGCAGCAGGAGGGCUGGAGCGGUCGCAACGCCAGCGCGCGCUCCGUCAGCCAGCCGAGGUACCUCGAGACGCUCGUUGUCGCCGACAAGAAGUUCCUCGACUACCACAAGGGCUCCGACCUCGAGAACUACAUCCUCACCAUCAUGAACAUGGUGGCAGACUUCUACCACGACGGCAGCGUAGGCAACCUGCUCAACGUCGUAGUUGUGCGCAUCAUCUACUUAGAGAAGGAAGAGGAGGAGAUGGAUCUUGAGAUUUCGCCGGAUGCUGAGAAGACGCUGGCAAGCUUCUGCAAGUGGCAAGUUGGCGUCAACCCAAAGGACAUAUCGCAUCCCAAUCAUCAUGAUAUCGCUGUACUUCUCACCAGGCACGACAUCUGCUCGGACAACAUGAGCAACUGCAACCUGAUGGGCCUGGCGUACGUGGCGGCGGCGUGCAAGCCCGACCUGUGCUGCGCCAUCAACGAGGACAGCGGCCUGCUGCUGGGAGUCACCGUUGCCCACGAGAUGGGCCACGUCAUGGGAUGCAGCCAUGACGAGGAGAAUGUAUCUGGAUGCCCGCCCAAGGUGGACGACAACAACUAUAACGUGAUGUCGCCAUACGUGAUGGCCACCACCACACAAUGGUCGCCCUGCAGUCGCAAGUUCAUCACGACCUUCCUAGACGCCGGCCUCGGGGAGUGCCUACUGGACGAGCCUCAGGAGUCGCGCUACGCCUACCCGGAGAUGCCGCCGGGCGCCAUGUACGACGCUGACUACCAGUGCAAGACCAAGUUCGGCUCUCCAGGGGUCUGCGCCAUCUCGCCGGAAUCGCACUGCAAGCGGUUGAUGUGCAAGAAAGGAAACAGCAGCUGCGUAUCUGAUGGAAGUCCUGCUGCAGAUGGAACCAAGUGUGGGGAGAAUAAGUGGUGCUACGGGCAGCAGUGCGUGCCCGCCGGCGAGCGGCCGCGCGCCGUUGCAGGCGGCUGGGGGGAGUGGGGCGAGUGGCAGUCCUGCUCUCGCACCUGCGGGGGCGGAGUGCAGGCGUCGCAGCGCGAGUGCGACAACCCGCCGCCCGCGCACCGCGGUCGCUACUGCGUCGGCCUCCGGCGCCGCUACCGCGUCUGUAACAUACAGCCUUGCGAGGACGGUUCGCCGACGUUUCGCGAGGUGCAGUGCUCCGAGAUGGACUCGAAGCCGUUCGAGGACAAGCUGCACAAGUGGAAACCAUACCGAAAGGUCGCAAACCCGUGCGCACUGGUGUGCAUCAACGAGGAGCGCGUCUACUCGACUCUGGCGCCGCGCGUCAAGGACGGCACCCCAUGCAAGCCUGGCACCAGGGACAUGUGCAUCGCCGGCCGCUGCCGGCACGUGGGCUGCGACUGGGUGUUAGAUUCCGAUGCUGCCGACGAUCCGUGCGGCGUCUGCAAGGGCAACGGGACCAUGUGCCAAAAGGUCGACCACACAUUCACCCAGGCCUCGGGAAACGGCUACACAAAGGUGGUCACCGUACCCACCGGCUCUCGUCACCUCAGCGUGGAGGAGCUGGGCCCCACCGAGAAUACGAUUGCAGUCUCCGAUGAAAAAGGGGAGAUCUUCUUCCUGAACGGAAACUACACGGAGGAGGCGGACGGCGAGUACCGGAUGGGCGGGGUGCUCGCCUUCUACAGCCAUCCGCAGCCCAAUCAGGAGCGACUGGACGUCCCGGGCCCCACGCAGCAGCCGCUCACUAUACACGUGGUGUUCUUCGGCGGCAAGAACCCCGGCGUGCACUACAGCUACUACGAGCCCCUGGAGCGGCCGGCAGAGCGCACGCCUCGCUACUCCUGGGAGUUCCUCGGCUGGCAGGAUUGCAACGUCGUCUGCGGGGGCGGCACGCAGGUGGCGGAGCCGGUGUGCGUGGAGGAGGGUGCUGGCCGUGUGAGCGACCAGUCCUGCACCGCCGAGGACAAACCGGCGCCGCGCAGCCGCGUCUGCAACGAGCAGUCGUGCAAGAUCAGGUGGCGUGCGGCAACGUGGGGCCGGUGCUCGGGCUGCGUGUUCCGCGUGGGCAUGGCGCGCAGGCGCGUCGAGUGCGUGCGGCAGGCGGCGCGGCCUGAGGAUGACCCGGCCGUGGUGCCCGAGGCCAGCUGCAAGGGGCUGCCGCGGCCCGCAGGCGUCAAGUUCUGCAAGUCCACCAGGCCCUGCAGCAAGGCCGCGCCGGCGCCGUCGCCGCACGGCCGCAGCAGCAAGCAGGUGACUGGCGCCGCCUCUGCGCGCCCGAGCCCAUUCUGCAAACUGCACCUGCCGAUCAGGGUCACCGUCCGAGAGAUGAUGUUGCAGCUGUAA